AUGAUACUGUCCUACUUCCCCAAUGUCCUAUCUCCAUCAACACAGUCAACAACAACAACGACGCAAUGUAAAGCUUUGCAACACACAUAUUCCCAGAGUCCUAGAGGAAAUCACAAACAACAACAACAAAUACCAGUACUAAAAGCGAACAUACCCAGGUUCUCAUGUGUGCCUCCAAUGAGCCAUGUGUGCCGUGAGAACAAAAACAUCCUCACAAUGAACAAGUGUUUUGUUAGUCUUUUGAUGUUGGCCUGUUGUGUGAGUGUGGCCUACAGUGAACACAGCUACAAUGAAGACGCCGGCGAUAAUGGUCCCGCCACAGGCGCAGACAGUGUCAAUUCGUUGUUCAAUACAAAUGUAGAUGCCAGUAGUGCCGAUACCGAUGUGGCUAAGGACAAUUUGGACAAACGAGUGGAACGUUAUGCCUUCGGUCUGGGCAGACGUGCCUACACCUAUACAAAUGGCGGUAAUGGCAUCAAACGUUUGCCAGUCUAUAACUUUGGCCUGGGCAAGAGGGCACGUCCUUACUCCUUUGGUUUGGGCAAACGUUUCGAUUAUGAUGAUUAUGAACAAAUGACAGAAAAUGCCAAUCUAAUGGCAGCCAGAGGUAUGUUGGCUGGAUACGGAACAAUGAAUGAUAACAAGCGCAAUCGUCCCUACAGUUUUGGUUUGGGUAAACGUUCCGAUGAUGGUCAAAUGUACUCAAGACCCUAUGGUUUUGGUCUGGGACGUCGUUAAACACCA